AUGAUUGCAGUCCAGGAAACAAAUUGGAUUAGUAGCGAAAUAAUCGAUAUGAAUUCGCACAUAAUUUUCAAACGUAGCAAACCAUCGGGUUACAAGGAGUUUGGAGUUGCAUUUAAAGUGAGCAAACAGCUCAAGCCACAUUUCAUCGACUUCAAACAUAUCAACGAAAGGUUGUGUGCGAUUAUCAUCGGGGCUCAUUUUUUCAACCUCUGGCUCAUCAACGUGCACGCACUGACUGAAAUCAAGGAAGAUGCAGUAAAAGACGAGUUUUAUGCACGCCUGGAAGCACUGUUUGACUCACUUCCAGACGCAUAUACCAUCAACCAAAUUAACCACGGAUGA